UCCUUCUAUAACGCUCGCGACACAAACUGGAGACAUCCCAGAUAACAUUAGAUAAGAGGACUAUUGCUAGAAGCAGCAACUUUCACACAGCAAGGCGUGUCUUUUAAUCAAUAGCYCAGGUUUGAUGUUGGACUCGAACUAUAUUGCGCGUGCUAGCGCAUCUCAAAUCAUUGAACAGCUUGUAAUUAGCAUUAUAUAACCUUUUGAGCGAAUGUUGACCGCAAUAUGAAUUGUAGAUUAAAAAGAKCUUUAAAAAUCUAUAAUUGCUAACAUUGUUAUCUGUCAUUAGUGAUAACGAUUUCAUGGAAYAGAGAGACUAGUUCGCCCGCCUGGUAAUUUUAAACUAUGGCAGAGGCAGAAAAUGUCAAAAUCAAUAUCAGCUUCCAAACUAAUACAUCCAUMUCAAGAGAAGAAAACGUUGGCGAAUACAUUCUAUUUCUAAAAACCACGGCCUACUGCCUUCUUCUGUUGGUUUCUGUUCUUGGUAACAUCUUCAUUAUACGAUCUGUCUGUAAGGAUGAACGACUAAAGACGACCACUAACUUUUUGGUAGCAAAUAUGGCCGUCAGUGAUCUGAUGUCAUCUUGUUUUCUUCUCCCAUUAAGGAUUUCACGCAUGCAUUUCGGUMUGGAAUGGUUCAUCGAAGGCAAAUUUGGAAAUGCCUUGUGUAAACUUGCAGUCUUUUGUCCUGAUACUUCGAUUGCAGUAUCAUUUUACAGYUGUCUUUUCAUUGCCAUCGAUCGCUACUUCGCAGUCACCAAUCCAUUGAGAGGGGGCUUCCGCARGUCUCGACUUAAGUUCAUGAUCCCGGGAAUUUGGAUCUUUUCRGUUCUGAUAGUCUCGCCUUAUUUCUAUUAUUAUCAACUCAUACCACUUGACAAUAUAAAUGUUUGUUUUUUUAAGCAUAAGACUUUUAUSAAAAUCCAUUUGUACGUACUCGUUGUUCUUAGUUUCGGCGUCCCACUGCCCAUUAUAACUACUUUGUACGCGUUGAUCGUCYUUACGCUUCGUCGUCACAAGGCACCAGGAAACCAAAGAAAUAGCGUAAGAAGAAGGAGACAGCAACARAACAGUAAAGUACUGAAGAUGUCCAUAACUAUCGUAAGCCUUUUGUCCUUAAGCUGGAGCUACUUUAUUACCAUCGUAGUUUUGACAUGGGAAGGYUUCAACAUAGAAUCUCAUAACGUCAGAGAGAUUGUAUAUUUUUCAUCUUUCUUUAUAGCUGAUUUGACGUGUACGUACAACUUCUUCAUCUAUUUGAUUUUUAACAAUGUUUAUAGGGAAAAUUUCAAAGCUGUGAUAGCUAAAUGCUUCUGUAAAGAUAUUUUUGGUGGUGUGAUGCGGGCUGACAUUGCAGGAACGGACAAUGUUGCAUACAAUGUCUAUGGGGAAGAAAAUCACAUUCAAACCCUGAGAAUGGAAACUUUAAGCACGAGCAAUCUUUAAGAUUUCUUAAGUGCUAAAAAUGUAAGAAUCCUCUGCGUUUAUUUGAUGUUUUAAUACCAAGCUUUCGACCUAAGCGACCAUUAACAAUGUAGAAAGAUUUUAAAAUCUCGAAAAGCCUUCAAAGAUUUCUACUCAUUCAAAUGGACUACUUUAUUCUUGUCGUCAUAACAACGACCUAUCAGUGAGAACUUAAUUAUUGCUUUACAAUUGAUUAUUGGCUGUAUUUACUUUGUACAACACCUUUAGGUAAACACUCUUAAUUGUAUUGUACUGAUAGGAUGCCGAAAGCCUAUAAGGUCGGUGAUUUGAAAUUGAGCGCUGUAGGUAGGGCAGUUGAGGACACACUUGAAAGUUUACACUUACUUACRCUCUUGUUACACUCUUAAAACUAUAGGAAUCAAGAUCCUUGUUAUUUGACCUAUUAGUGUACUAUUUGACUAAACCAAGCCUCGCGAUAAAUUGAUUUACAAUGUCAAACAGGGUAUCAAACGGCGUCGGAGAUGAUUUAUGUAAAUUGAAUUGAAGCCGUAUUGAGUGCGAAUUUUUAGCAAUAAAAUCAUGACUAAUAUGGCAAUACGUAAUGUAAAAACUUUCAACUUUCUCCACUAUUUUAUCUAAACUUUUCAGUAAAGUUCUUUGAACGACUCUUACUAGACAUAUGCUGUUGGAGAUCCUAGGGUUUUGAAAGAAAUUCAUGAAAGUAAAUAAAUUCAUGAGAGCGAUUUCCAGAACUGUCCCGAGUUUCCUCUUGYUAUGAAUAUUUUUUUAUAAAAUAAWGAAGGUCAAUUAUGUUCAAAAUUUAGCGUAAUURAUGAUGAUGUUUUUGGUUUACUAGUUUUUAUGAGGUUUCCAGUAAUCGAAUUGUCAAUAUUACUCGAAAUCGAACAGAUGAAUUCAAGAUUUCAAGAUGGCAAGAUUUUCAAAAAGCAAAUUUAAAAGGAAAGGUAAAAAAAAAACUAUAGGAAGCCACCUUAAAACAACUAGACGAUGGAUCGCUUACGUGGGCUGCCUGUAGCUGCGAMAUUGGUCAGUUGCCGCCAUUGAGCUACAAGUAUUUCAUUUUCACCUAAAAUUGUAUUGAAAAUAUUUAUUUCCGGUAAAAAAAAUGUCAUG